AUGAACGUAACGAAUAAUAAUUCGCCAGAUCAUCAGCAGGUUCAACAGGGUCAACAUGGGUACUAUGAUGAGGACCCUAGACAGCAGUCGGUAGGAGGUCAGGUUGUUGAUGGAAGUACGGGUAUAGCUGUGAAUGUUGGUGGCGGAGACGGGUUACAAAGCAGCGGAGGUGCAGUGAAUAAUCUUGGGAUGAUGGUGGCUGCACCUACAGGAUACUACAUGGCUCCUGUGUACCCCACAUCGAUGCCCGCAGUGUCGCAGCAGAAUACGCAGCAGUAUUCUGACGCUAUGUUCAACUCCUUCCUUGCGCAAUUUGGCGGACAGCGGCAGCAGGGGCAGUCCCAGGGCCAACAGGGACAGCAAUAUGCUCCCCAGUAUAUGAACCAGUUCACACAGUCGCAACAGCAGCAGCAGCAGCAGCAACAGCAGCAGCAACAACAACAACAACAACAGCAGCAACAACAACAGCAGCAGUCCCAUCAAAGACAAAGCCAGCAGGGAGGUCCUAACUCCCAGCGUUACUUUCAUGCGGCGAUGGCAGCUGCAGGAGGGGCUCCAAUUAUGGAGUUCCAACCGCAGUUUACCUAUGCGCUGCCUCCUCAAUCUGCGGUAUCAGCCCCACAGCAUCCGUCACACCAGCAGUACUUGCAGUCAGCUUCUGCGGGCUCUCGUGGUAACGCUAUGCGUCGCUCGCAUAUGCAGUUUGGUGGCCCACCUGCUGUCCCCGUAGUGCCACAGCCCAAGAAAAUGAGCACAACCCAAUCUCGUAUCGAGAAGAGAAAGAAGCUUAAAAAGCAGGGGCCAAAAAGACCUUCUUCUGCAUACUUCUUAUUUUCAAUGUCGAUCAGGGAGGAGCUUUUAAGGCAGUAUCCUGACGCAAAAGUUCCAGAGCUGUCAAAGCUUUCUAGCGCCAGAUGGAAAGAACUCUCCGAAGAGGACAAAAAGCCUUUUUAUGAGAAGUUCAAAGACAAUUGGGAAAAAUAUCGUAUCGCAAGAAAAGAAUAUGAGGCGACUUUGCCUCCAAAGCGUCCUUCUGGGCCCUUUAUUCAAUUCACGUCCGAGAUGAGACCGAAACUCCUCAAAGACAACCCAGAUAAGUCAUUAAUUGAAAUCACGAAGCUGGUAGGGGAGCAGUGGAGAAGUCUUCCUCCGGAAGAGAAGCAAAAGUAUACAGACGCUUAUAAACAGAAGUUGAAGGAAUGGGAGGAGUUUUAUCCAGAUGAGGAAAACGACUCUUUAGUGGUACCAGAUGCUGCUUCUGCUACUACUGUUGGUGCGGCAAGCGCUACGAAGAUUCCCGUCAAGUUGGAGAAUUAA